AUGCUUCACCUCUUCUCCGCAUUGUUCGUAGCAGCGGUUUUGGAGCCUUGUUUUGCUGUCACUGCAGACGUUCAACUCGUUGUACCCUCAUCUCCUUCGUCACAAAAUGUCGUUGCAUCCAAUUUUUUCGGCAUCAGUUUCGAGCUUAGUUUCAUGAACGAAUACUUUGGAAACGAUACGGAUACAAUACCUCAGGCAAUGCUGAAUUAUCUUAGUCAAAUUCGGUCUCGUACCGGCUCGAAUGAUGUCCGUAUUCGAGUCGGAGGCAACUCUGGGGAUGUCUCGACCUAUGUGCCAACGCAAGCCUCACCCAUGCUCAUCCUUACCGAUCCAGAUGCUAAUUCAAAUAGUCAACCCGUCAAUUAUGGGCCUAUGCUGUGGGAAGUGAUGGAAAAGGUCUCCGAGGAAGUAAAUGGCGUCCAGUAUCUGAUAGGAUUGACCAUCAACACAACCAACACGGAUUCGGUUAUUGCGGGCGAUGCAACAAAAUAUUUGGGAAGUCAUUUGGAUGCAAUGCUUCUAGGCAACGAACCGGAUCUCUAUACUGCACACGACCAACGACCAAAUGUUGUUAACUACACGGUCGAUGACUACAUUGGAGAAUAUUCCGCUGCUCUUCAUGAUAUUAGCAAUACUACUGCUGGUGACCUAACGAACGGUCAUAACGUGGCGGGACCGACCGUUUGUUGCGACUGGGAUUUAGCAACAUUAUUAGACCAAGGAUAUCUAUCGAAUUUCACCAACGUCCUAAAGUACAUCACGCUGCAACAUUAUCCUCAAAAUAAUUGCUUUGGAUCUUAUCAGUACCAGCUUCUUUAUUACACCCAACACGGUAAUCUCGUCGAUCUGGCGGCGUGGCAAAAGCCUGGAAUCGAUAUCAUUACUCGUAAUACUACCGGAGGCGCUCCUCGUAUGCUGAUGAGUGAAUUCAACAGCGCAUCAUGUGGAGGUAUCCCCGGAAUCUCGGACACGUUCGCUGUCGGUGCGCUUUGGUCCAUUGACUAUGCCCUACAGUUGGCUUCUGUCGGCUACACUGCUGCGUAUAUUCACACUAGGGAGCAGGGCAUUUCUUACAAUCUGGUCACUCCGCCAAACGUCUCCGAGAUCAACACAGGCCCCUGGACUACUGAUCCCCCGUUCUAUGCACUCAUCGCUACUGCCGAAAUCCUUGCUUCCUCAAACGGCAUCAUUGUCAAUGACCUCAAUGUGUCAACUGAUGUUAACGCAACGAUUGGCGGAUAUGCAGUUUACGACGCUACCAAUUCGUCAUUAAACAGGAUUGUUCUGUUCAAUUACGGAACCGAUUCGAUAGAGUUCAAACUCCCCAGUGGAAUCAAAGCAACGAAUCCAACGAAUGCUAUGGUGAAGUACCUGUCGGCAUCAAGUAUCACUGAGAAGUACGACAUCGCAUGGGGUGAGCAGACAUUCCUCGGUGCUGGAGAUGGAAAACCAAUUUCUGCCAAUACAUCCAAUGGCUGGGCGUAUGCAAACCAGAAUGUGGAUUGUUCGAAUGGCUGCAACAUCACUGCUCCGGGACCUAGUCUUUCAGUGGUGUUCCUGGACUCCUCGAGCUCUUCAAGUCAAAAAUCCUCCUCCGGAGCCAAGACCAUUUUUGGUCGGCGGAGCAUCGUUCUUGGUCUAGGUGUGGCAUUAAUUCGGACGCUUGUGCUGCUCUAG